CAUGGCGGCCGCCGGUGGCUACACAGAUCUACGUGAGAAGCUCAAGUCCAUGACGGCUAGGGACAAUUACAAGACAGGUAAUCGAGAAGCCGCAGCAGCCGCUGCCGCCGCUGUGGCCGCCGCCGCCGCCGCCGCCGAACCCUUCCCGGGGUCCGGGGCAAAGCGCAAGUUCCACGAAGACUCGGACCCGGAGCGCAGCGACUACGAGGAGCAGCAGCUUCAGCGGGAGGAGGAGGCGCGAAAGGUGAAGAGCGGCAUCCGCCAGAUGCGCUUGUUCAGCCAAGACGAGUGCGUCAAGAUCGAGGCCCGCAUCGACGAGGUGGUGUCUCGCGCGGAAAAGGGCUUGUACAAUGAGCACACGGUGGACCGAGCCCCGCUGCGCAACAAGUACUUCUUUGGGGAAGGCUAUACAUAUGGGGCCCAGUUGCAGAAGCGCGGACCCGGCCAGGAGCGGCUCUAUCCGCCCGGAGACGUCGACGAGAUCCCCGAGUGGGUGCACCAGUUGGUGAUCCAGAAGCUUGUGGAGCACCGCGUCAUCCCUGAAGGCUUCGUCAACAGUGCAGUCAUAAAUGACUACCAGCCAGGCGGAUGCAUCGUGUCACACGUGGACCCUAUCCACAUUUUCGAGCGCCCCAUCGUGUCCGUGUCCUUCUUUAGCGACUCUGCUCUCUGCUUCGGCUGCAAGUUCCAGUUCAAGCCUAUCCGGGUGUCGGAACCUGUGCUUUCCCUGCCUGUGCGCAGGGGGAGCGUGACUGUGCUCAGUGGAUAUGCUGCAGAUGAGAUCACUCACUGCAUACGGCCUCAGGACAUCAAGGAGCGACGAGCAGUCAUCAUCCUCAGGAAGACAAGGUUAGAUGCUCCUCGAUUGGAAACAAAGUCCCUGAGCAGCUCUGUGUUGCCACCCAACUAUGCUUCAGAUCGUCUUUUGGGAAACAACAGGGACCCUGCUCUGAAACCCAAGCGGUCCCACCGCAAGGCAGACCCUGAUGCCGCCCACAGGCCGCGGAUCCUGGAGAUGGACAAGGAAGAGAAUCGACGCUCAGUGCUACUGCCCACGCACCGGCGGAGGGGAAGCUUCAGCUCAGAGAACUACUGGCGCAAGUCCUACGAGUCUGCAGAGGACUGCUCAGAGGUGUCCAGCAGCCCUACUCGGAAGGUGAAGAUGAGGAGGCACUGAGGCCCAUGGCCUACUUCCCUCUGGGAGACUUUGAUUCAUCCUCACAUAGCUGUCCCUCCUUGUUUUGAUGGUUUU